AUGCAGGACAUCGUCUACAUCAAGUAUGAUAAGAAGAUUGGCGAGGAUGAGUCGAAGAAAGUAACAACCUACGGCCCCAUCAAGACACCCAAGAGUUCUGAAUUCGCCGAGGACUUUGACGAGACCAAGCUCGAGCACCCCUGGAUUGUGCCGCACGGAAAGCGGCGCGACGGGAUGAGUACUGGAAAACAUCCGACAGGGUCCUCACGCACAAAAGUCACCUUGUUUGACGUCCUCGACGGCCUCAUUGACGAGUUUGCGAACAAGAAGACCUAUCCCAGCCUAACCAACAUCACCUUGAUCGGGCAUGGAGGCGGCGGCCAGCUCCUACAGCGAUACGCUCAGUACCCCUCGCGCGAUGUCAUCUCCAUCGUCGGCUACGACGACAAGGCGGCCGCCGGGGACCGCAGCCGCAUGGUGUACAUGCAGGGCGGCGGCGAGCGGUACAUCAAUGAGCACGCCCGCACGAGGGAGUACCUCGACGGAUUUCCGGGCAAGUUUGAGAAUCCGCCUCGUUGGAGUAUUCUCGUGAACGGCACGAGUGGCCUGCGACUAAAGGCGCAGAAUUGA